AUGGCUCAGCAGACGAUCGCGAAAUUUUGGCUUGCGACACGGAACGAACUUCAAGAUGUUCUGCUUCACGAGCAACUUGUUCAGAGUUUCGAACCCACCAAAGAGUCCCAUGUCGCACACGGGGUCCUCUCGGAACUGUACUGCCGAUAUGUUCAGCUAUGUCGGAUGCUUGACCGUUGCUAUGAUCAAACUCUGCAAGUACAGAAAAGACAGGUUAUUUCCGAUCUUACUGAAAUAGCAACCAAACGCAUGCUGGAAUUGCUGCAAAAAAUCAAACAAAUGGAGCUCAGCGAGUUUACGUAUAUCGAUGGAGCACUUAGAGAGUUGCAUCUUAUUCCGGAAGACGUUCAAAUCGUACGGCCUUGUUACUAUCCACUGGAACGGUCAGAAGAGUACCAAACAUUAACAACUAGUCAACCACUAGAGCCCCUGACUAGCAGCUCAAGCGAUGACGAGUGUAGUUCAAGCUCGGAAAGCGAAGAAGAACCUCCGCCUGACCCACGCCGUCCAAUUAUACGCAGGGAUCAUGCCAAGGAAAAGCGAAUAGCCGCCCUGAAUUUAAUUCUAGCACACGAGAAAGCUCGCCACGCUAGAAUACUAUUGUUGAAUUUUCAACUUCAUCCAAAGAUAUUCUUUCCAAAACCACGAGAGGAUUCCAUUCAAGAAGUUCCAUAUGAAUUCUACCAUCGCCCAGAUCAGCUCAUGCUAAUACCUGUCAAAAGAACAGUUUUUACGUGGGAUUACAGGCUGAAAAAGAAAAAUGUAGUGAAUUUCCCCUAUUAUAGACCGCCAGGAUGGGUUGACGAUAUACCCGAAGUUGUUAAAGUAUCCAAACCAGAUCUGACACAGGUUACGCCCACAGAAACCCAGAAAGUAGAAGAAGAGGAAGAAGAUAAUAGCGAAGAAUUGAUAGAGCAGAUUACACAAAUGCGUGCUGCGAAAAAAAUACAACGCUACUGGCGGCAAUACCAGUAUCGAAAGAAGCUGAAAAGACAACGCUAUCAGCGACUACUAUUUCUAGGAAUGAUUGACGAAAUGAAACCUGGACCUGAUCUAGACGCAAGAAUCAAACUGGCGAACGACGAACGGAGAAAACGUAAACCGGAGUUUGAUGAAGCAUUUCUGCACGCAGUUGACGAUGAGAAGGCUAGAAUUUUGCAACAGCGGGGCCCCUGGAUCAUGGAGGACAUAUCCGAUCAUAUUCGUGCAUGGUUCAAAGAGUUUUAUGAUUUUGCACACGCCUUCGAUCGUUAUCCGGAAGAAUGGGAAGGCGGAACUCUACUGGUAAUUAAAGGUGAAACUAUGACACCAGGGGAAUAUUUGGAGGCUGAGCGGCAAAAAGCUUUGGAUAAGCGCAAAACUGUGGAUCAGAAAAAGCGAGAGGCCGAUGCGAAAAAGAAAGCAAAAGAACAGGAAAAAGAAAAGGAGAAAGAGAGAAAAGAACGACUUAAAGAAUUGAGACGCGAGGAAAAGGAAAGAGAGAAAAAAGAAGGGAAAACAUAUGAUUUUGGGAAGCCCGAGUUUACAACCAAUGUCUAUUUAUCCAUUGAAGAGACACUAGCUCGUUAUGAGAAAGAUUGGUAUUUUGUGGAUGAGUUAGAAAAUAAAGAUGAACUGCCGAUCAUGGAGUGGAUAACACUUGAUAAGUUUGCCGAAGUUCACCAAGAAUUACGGCCACUGGUAGACGAAGUGCUUCGUGUAGAACGAGAGCUCCUUCAAAAGGCACUUUGCAAAGAUUCAAAAAAGAAAUACAAAGCCCCCAAACCGAAAAAGCAAAAAAGGAAAAAAGCCAAGGGCAAAAAAGGAAAGAAGAAAAAGGAACUCCCGGACCUAACUGCUGAUAGAUCAAUAGAAUCACUAUAUGAAGAACUCGUAGAAAAAGACAUCAUUCGCACUUAUACGAAACGGCAAAUCGAUGACUUUAUUGGAGACUAUAACUAUGCUGCCUUUGAAAAACGAAACUAUUUGGAUCAAGAUCCACCGGCAGCGCUGGGAGAGGUACGCGACAUAAUCCGUUCGUGGCUGUUUGGUUUUGGACCUCUCGUUAUACCAAAACCAAAAUCAUUCUGCUUAAUAGGACCGCCAGGUUACGGGAAAACCAUGCUUGUGGAGGCGAUUUGCACUGAAACAAACUCCGUUCUAUUUGAUCUCAGCUGUCCCAAUAUAGCACCCGUGGAUGCAUCCGAUAUACCACUAUUUCUACAUAUGGUUUUAAAGAUGGCCCGAAUUUUACAGCCUACAGUAAUCUACAUUGAUCAAGCACAUAAACCUUUUUACAAAAAGGUACCGCCGGAAGAAAAAUCGUUAGAUCCUACAAAGCUAAACAAAUACCUAUUCAAACUGUUAGUCAAGCAGAUAAAAAAGGAUGAGAAAAUUCUACUGGUGGGCACCUCAAGCCAACCGUGGACAGCCAAGCUGGGAAAGUUUAAAAAGUGCUUCGAAAAAUUCCUCAUAAUGCCAAAAACCGACUAUGGCACUACACAGCUUCUGUGGAAGCAUGCGCUGAACAAAAAGGUGGGCAUUGGAAAAGAUUUCGACGUCUCGCCGUUGUCUAUGGUGACAAAAGGUUACUCACCGCAGCAGAUAAUAGGUUGCGUGAACCAAGUUCUUGGCAUCCGCAGGCGAAUGAGACUGGAGAGAGAACCACUUACUGACAAUGAACUACUGGAAUAUUUUCUGCAAAAGAAUCCUCCGGAAUAUCCAAUUACAGACAAGGAAUAUGACAAGUAUUUGAAAUUUUAUCGGAAAUCGGACAAAUUGGCCAAAAAGCGGGCUAAAAUGGUGAAGACGCGUGAAGAAGCUCUGGCCAAGCUUAAAGCUAGAAUGGAAAAGAAAAAGAAAUAA